AUGGACGCGUGCGAGCGGAGAUCCUCCGCGGAACUCAUCCUCCCGGGCGGAGGGAGAACAAGCAUGCGCCAUGCACGUCGGAUAUUGCCAUCGAUUGCACCUCCCGCCUGCACGGACGCCGCGACUGCACUUCGCGAAGCGCGACCCGCCGACAUGUUCACCGAGGAGCAACUCAGAGCCUACCUCGAGCACCUCUCGCCCAACCGCGAGUUCCUCAAGUUUCACUUCGCCGACGCGGAGAGGUUCGUUGUUCAUGUACGGUGCGACAUAGACAAAAACAAACCGCCCGCCUUCUACGACGCGUACAUAGACAAGUGGAUCAAAAGUUUUUCAAAGUUCACCGCCACGACGUGGAACGCGCGAGUUUCCUACGCGAAGAGGAAGACGCUGCUGCUUCAAAAGAAUUUCUUCUGUCGACCGGUCGACUGCACCAAACGCAAAGGGGACGACGGCACGGCGGAGUGCGGGGCUCAGAUCGAAUUCAAGGUUAAGCUGAUCAACGGUAACGACGACCUGAACGUUUUCAUACUCGUGCACUUCGAACACUCCCACGCCGUGUACACACCCGCGGCGCUGCUCGCGGACAGCUUGUCAGAUACGGACAAACGCUUCUUUGAGUACUUCGACAACGGCUUCAAUGCGACGACGUCUAAAACUUAUCACGAACUCUCGAUAAUCGAAAAGUUCGGCGGGACGUGCGCUCGGAACCUCGGCGAUCGAGAGACCAACCCUCCCAUCGAGCGCAUUAAAUAUUUAAUCGACAAAAUGCAGAGCAAAGAGAUAAAGCGCAGUUUCAACGACAUCUUGCAGGCGAAAAAGGCGUUCAUUAAGGAUUCGGGGGGAACGCUCGCGUACAGCGAGGACCCGGAGAUCGUCGUGAUCGUCACGCCGAUGAUGAAGAGGGUCCUCCUUAAGAGCGACACCGAGUGCGUGUUGGUCGACAGCAGCCGCGUGAAGAUCGGUCUGGUCGUGACAUUUUUCUACAUAUCUAACAAAAUAGGAGCGCUGCCGGUCGCCUGCGUGCUGCACGCGGCGGCCACCGAAUCCAACUUCCGAGAGGCCUUCCAUCUGUUGAAGCUCACAGUUCACUCAGUUAACGAAAGCUUCUCUCCGAAGACGUUCAUCGUCAAUGAUUUAGUGGAGCAGAAGAAAGCUCUCGCCGCGUAUUUCCCAGAGUCGAGGAUGCUCCUAUCUCGCUGGUCUAUCUGCGCCGAGAUUUGGAAGUGGCUCUGCAACGACGACCUGAAGAUCGAUCACAGGAGACGGCACUCGCUGAUGUUCCUGUUCAGGUCCCUGAUAUACGCAGACGCGGACGAUGCACACGCGCACUACACCAAACUCAUCGUGAGCGAUUAUUUCGAUUCUAAACUGAAAUUGCGCGAAUACAUCGACUAUCUCUGGCGCAGGUCGAAAGAGUGGAUGGUGCACGACGAAUACAAACUUCACCAUCUCACCGAAGUGUCCGUCCGCCUCUUGAAGGAAUUUAUGCUGCGCAAAUGUAGAUUUUUCAAUAUCAUAAUGAUGAUCGACGUGGUGUCCAAGCUCUUGGAGAACCACCUCAAAAGUUUGAUAAAUACGUACAUCGACGGGAUGCCGAAGACAUCGAACUACACGAAAUUCUUCCACAGGUCGUAUUCGAGUCGGUCCAGCGAGGACUUUGUCCAGAUUCGGUUGAACGAAUACAUGGUGCAGUACCGCUCGUCGCCGAAUCUGUACUACCACGUCAAGACGGACACGAUGUGCUGCGAUUGCGCGAUCGGCGAGCAAGGGCGACUCUGCGACCACCUCGGAAUCAUUUUCAACAAGGGAUCCGCCAGAGUGCUCAAGAUUCCGCUCUUGACCAACACCGAAGUCGACUUACUGAUCAAAUUUACAGGCCUAAGCGACGACAAUACGGAUGACAAAUGUGAGAUGCUGGACGACGAAGACAACGCAGAUCCGGUCGGAGGCGCUGCGAGCGCAGACGACACAGUUUACCUAAACAAAUACCAGAGGGACUGCGUAAAGGAAGUCGACGAACACAUUCAGAAACACGCCACGUACGCCGACGUCAAGCCGCCGAACUUUUACGUCUUAAAGAAAAUAAACAGGAUGUCGAAUAUUAAGAAGUGCAUUAAGAAGGCCCCGGAUAUAGUACAAAAGUUCAGUAAAGACGAUUUAUUUGUUAACAGAGGGAACGGUGAAAUCUUACCGACUCCUAAUGAAAAGCCCCGAAGCGUUGAAAAACGCAAAGUCAGUCCCAUCGAAUUUUACAUGAAAUCUUUGACGCAGUUGAACGAGCAGUUUCAGAAACUGAUUAAUUAUUUCCAGAAGAAUCCGAACACGUACAACAUAGACGCAAUGGACCGCUUGUCCAAACACUUGGACAAAAUUAAGCCCCACCAAAACCCGGAAGCCGCGAAGGUAAAGAAGAGGAAACCCAACGAUUGA